AUGUCUUCAAUAGAGAUUCACAAUUCUCAGACUUCGCGAGGCACUGCAAGUGGUCUAAGCACGCAGCCACCAUCUUCAGGAGUCCAACCUUCAACCUCAACCUUGGCCAAUUCGUCCGCCGCUACCGCCGCUACAGCCGAGAUGCCUCAAUACACUUCCCGAGAUGGCGGCGACCCGUCGCAAAUCAAGAAGAACAAACAGUCUAUGGCUGACCUAAAGUUGCGACGGCUGACCGAGCUCAACAGCCGGCUAAGAGAGGACCUAGAACGAGAACGCAUCCCCGUUUCGCAAGCAGCCAGGAGCAUUAUCGCAUACUGCAACAGCACGAGAGAUUAUAUGGUCCCUUCAGUGUGGGGAGCCGUUCCUCGAGGAGAAGAUCCUUACGCGCCUCAGCAGAGUGGUGGAUGCUGCUUGGUCAUGUAG